AUGGAUGCAAAUAAAAUCCACUUCUUUUAUAGAAAUCCUGCACCAAAUUUAAUGACCCCGAAAAGAUUUCAUAGCACUGUUGGAGCUCCUUUAAGAAAUCAAGCAAGAAUGCUGAGGCAGAUUGAUUUAAAUAACACUUUUAGGUUUUUGAAAACUGAUGGAAAUCCAAUAGCGAAGACUGAUAAGUUUUUUCCAGAUAUUAGGAAAAGCCCAUUGAGAUUGGGGAGAAAUCUAAUUAAAACAAAAGCGCUUAAGAUGAUGCAGAAACAUGAUGGCAGAAAAACAGAAAGAAAUACGUCAGUGUAA